AUGAUCCAUCUCGCUGGAUUUUUGAUUUGGCUGGCCAUUAUGUCGCCGCCGCAUUGCCGCCAACAAACAAGCCGGAGAACCAUAGUUUUCUCACAAAUCAGCUUCUUUGUGGCACGUUCCUUUCUCUUUCUCGACGGAGCAUUGCCGCCAGCAAGCCGGAGAACUCAAAUGAAGAUACGGCGACGGAUGGCAGCCUCAGGUGAACAACAACUCCGGAUGGCUUUAUUACCUCCACCGUCAUCGGAUGGCAGCCUCCGGCGAACAACAUAUAUAAAUGAAGAUACGAAGUUGGAAAGAGAGAACUUACCAUUUUCCGACGAACAACGACUCCGAAGACUAUUUUCCGACGAAGACAAUAUAAAUUUAGCUUGGGUGGUUGUGCAGGGAUUCACAUAUGAUGAUAAAGAGGUGCUAACGGGGGAGGGGAAGUCGGCUAUGUUCGAGAGGUGGAGGAGCCACCACAAUUUGGAGAGUAUAAGCGAGAAAGACAAAAAGCUGCAAUACAGCAACUUCAAGGCUAACCUGGAACGCGUUCACUCUACAAACAAGGCCAACAAGCCCUAUAAAUUAGAGAUGAAUCGGUUCGCCGGAAUGAGUCACGAAGAGGUUAUGAGCAAGCAUACUGGGUUUAAAGCCGCCCCCCGAAGUUGCUAUGCGUUUGCAGCAACAUGUACGCUGGAAGGAAUGUACGUGGCCAUACAAAAAAAAGAGCUAGUAGAAUUAUCACCAAAAGAACUUGUCGACUGUGGUAAUCUGGGUGGAUGUAGCGGGGGGAGAAUGACAGAUUCGUUUCAUUACGUUUCCAAGAACGGAGGGCUAACUACAAUGAAGAACUACCCUUACGUAGCUAAAGAGGAGCCUUGCAAACUCGAAAAAGAGAAGGAUAUUGCAGUAGAAUGUCAUGGAUUUGAGUAUGUGCCGUGGAAUGAAGAGAACUUACUAGAGAAUGCAGUUGCAAACCAGCCUGGAGUUAUGACCGCGGAUUGUGGUAAGAAACCGCAACAUGCAGUAGUAGCGGUUGGAUAUGAUACGGCUCCAGAUGGAACCAAGUACUGGAUAAUUAAGAACUCGUGGGGAGAAGGAUGGGGAGACAAGGGAUACAUAAAAAUGUUACGUCGAGUUGACUAUACGGAGGGGUACUGCGCCAUAGCAACAGAUAUGUCUUAUCCUACUUUUGACGACCCUGGUACACAAGAACGAAAAGAUGAGCCAGUUUUACACUCUGCUAAAGAACUCUAG